ACGUCACGUCCGCACUUGAACUUGAAUUUUAUCCCAUUGUACGGAGGCAGCACUAGCCACAGAGAGACAGAGAGCUCGGGGGAAGCAGGACUCACUCCGCCAUCUUCACACUUACACUGAGAAAGGGGAGAAAAAAAGCGUGUAGGUCUUGGUUUAUUGAGAAAGGAGGUGGCAGCCUGUAUACCCGGUCUCCACAGAGCCAUACAAAGGGACAGAACACUUGGAGUUGAGGACACUGAAAAGUACCUGCCUGGCAUUGCAUGCUCAAGGCUGCACCAACAGAAGUGCCCAUCACUUGGCGAUACCCAAGUUCCAGAGAAGAAAAAAUGGAUUCAUAAUUUUGUAAAAUUGAAUCAACAAUUACUGCAACUGUAUGUCAUAGCAAUUUUUUCAUUUCUUUUUUUCCAAAAGAAGAAACGAAAUAAAUCGCAGUUAAGGCUGAGCCAUUUACUGGACACAGUGAUACCGAGCGUACCCGAGCUGUCAGCGCGCGCACUGACCAUCGCGUUCUGAUUCUUCUUUCGCUAGGUAGAGGGACAGUCGCUAGGGUUUGAUCCUAACUGUCACUCACAACAACCGUCAAACAUCCAAGGAUAUUUUCCCCACUGCUUAUCUCUGUCUUUUUUUUAUACUCGGACAGAUCGCACUUCUCUCACUUCUUGCCAAAUGGUUUGAGUAACCUACAGUGAGAAGGUGAAUUGAAGGUAGGCUAUAGCCCGGGCUGUUCCACGCAAAGAGAAGGGCAUAGCGGACCGACGAGGCGAAACGCAAAAUACAUUUUCGCAUCUCCAAACGAGGGGAACACUAGCCUACAGCACGACGCCCGAUCAACCACCCACCCCGGCCGGCGGUCCGAGCGCAGGAGCCUCCGUCUUGUGGAGGUCUCGGGAAAAGUUGAGUCCGGAGCAGGAAGAGGCAAUAGGAGGGAAGCGAGCCCAUCCUUCAGAGUGCUGGUCUCCGGGCAAUGCCAGUGUAAAUGCCAGGGCAAUGUCCCGUCGCAAGCAGGGGAACCCACAGCACGUGUCACAAAGAGAAUUAAUAGCACCGGCAGAGGCUGACCAUGUGGACGGCGGACUGUCCGUGUCUGACCCCCACCCCCACACCCACACCCACCCGCUGCUGUCCCACCCGGCCCUGCUGGACCCCAGUCUAUCAGACAGCCUGGCCAUGGGACUGGGGGACCACGACCUUCUCACCUGUGGCCAGUGUCAGAUGAACUUCCCCCUGGGGGACAUCCUGCUCUUCAUCGAGCACAAGAAGAAGCAGUGCCAGGCCCUUCUGCAAGGCCCCGGUUGCUACGACAAGAUGGCCGCUGACCGAAGCAGCCCCUCCCCGCCCCAGCAGCAGCAGGGUCGCCACGGCCACGGCGAGCUGAGGAAAGUGGUGGAACCGGUAGAAAUCGGAAUCCAGGUGACACCCGAGGAGGAGGACGAGAGGCUGAUGGUGACGCCCACCAAAGGAAUUUGCCCCAAGCAGGAGAGCGUCCUGGCCGGAGGCAGAGAUGAGCCUUCCAGUUACAUCUGCACCACGUGUAAGCAGCACUUCCCCAGCGCCUGGUUCCUUCUGCAGCAUGCCCAGAACACCCACGGCAUCCGCAUCUACCUGGAGUCCAACCCAUCCAACGCGUCGCUCACUCCCCGCAUCACCAUCCCCGGGCCCCCCAUGGGCCAGGAUUCCAUACCCCAGUCCCCCCUCACCAACUUCCUGGGAGAGAACAACCCCUUCCACUUGCUGAGGAUGACCGGGCCCAUGCUCCGGGAGCCCCCUCCGGGCUUCAUGGAGAACCGCGGAGGCCUCCCCAACACGCCUCCCUUUGUCAGCCCUCCGCCCCGCCACCACCUGGACCCCCACAGGCUGGAGCGACUUAGCGCCGAGGAAAUGGGCCUCAUCUCCCAGCACCCCAGUGCCUUUGAAAGGGUGAUGCGGCUGACGCCUAUGGCCAUUGAGUCCCAGUCCAUGGACUUCUCCAGGCGGCUCCGGGAGCUGGCGGGGAACAACAACGUGGCCACCCCCCCCUUGUCGCCCAGCCGGUCCAACCCUAUGCACCGCCUGCUCAACCCCAACCCCUUCCAGCCCAGCCCCAAGUCGCCCUUCCUCAGCACACCCCCUCUGCCUCCCAUGCCCCCCAACAGCACUACGCCGCCCCAGACGCAGACCAAGGCCAAGUCGUGUGAAUUCUGCGGGAAGACCUUCAAGUUCCAGAGCAACCUGGUGGUCCACAGGCGGAGCCACACCGGCGAGAAGCCCUACAAGUGCCAGCUGUGUGACCACGCCUGCUCCCAGGCCAGCAAGCUGAAGAGGCACAUGAAGACGCACAUGCACAAGUCCGGCUCCAUGACUGGGAGGUCGGACGACGGGCUCUCCACCACCAGCUCCCCGGAGCCGGGCACCAGCGACGUGACAGGAGAGGGCAUGAAAAACCGGGACGGUGACUUCAGGGGAGAGGGCGAAGAGGAGGAAGAGGAGGAGGAGGAAGAGGAGCUGGAGAACGAGAGCCGGCCGGAGUCAAACUUCAGCAUGGACAACAUGGAGUUCUACCGUAACCGCGAGAAUGGCUCCAAGCCGCCGUCGGAUGAGAAGAGCUCCCUAUCCCUGGGCAAGAUAGUGGAGAGCGUGGGCCUCAGCACUAUACAGCAGUACAAUAACUUGAUAGUCGACAAUCGUAAAAACCGGAUGCCCUUCUCCAAGAGGGGGUCCGAUGGGCAACGGGACACUGGGGACGAGGACUCUGUGGUGGGGGAGUUGGAAAGGGAGCACCACCAUCACCAGAUGGAGAGGGAGCACCAGAGGCCCGUGGUCAACGGCAGGAACUGCGGCUCCGGCGACUCUUUCUCAGGCCUGUUCCCACGCAAGCCCACACCCAUCACCAGCCCCAGCCUGUCCAUCUCCUCCAACAAGAGGAUCAAGGUGGAGAAGGACCUGGACAUGCCCCCGGCGCCCCUCAUCCCCUCCGAGAACGUCUACUCCCAGUGGCUGGUGGGAUACGCCGCCUCGCGACACUUCAUCAAAGACCCUUUCCUGGGCUUCACCGACUCCAGACAAUCUCCCUUCGGCACCUCCUCGGAGCACUCGUCCGAAAACGGCAGCCUGCGUUUCUCCACACCUCCUGGGGACCUCCUGGACGGUGGCCUGUCGGGGCGAAGCGGGACAGCCAGUGGGGGUAGCACACCUCACCUUGGGGGACCGGGACCGGGCCGGCCCAGCUCCAAGGAAAGUCGGCGAAGCGACACAUGCGAGUACUGCGGCAAGGUGUUCAAAAACUGCAGCAAUCUGACGGUGCACCGGCGCAGCCACACAGGGGAGAGGCCCUACAAGUGCGAGCUGUGCAACUACGCCUGCGCCCAGAGCUCCAAGCUCACCCGCCACAUGAAGACCCACGGCCAGAUGGUGGUAGGAUGGCUAAACCGUCGAGCCAAACUGCGCAGCUUUAUAGCGAGAGAGAGCAGGGAGAUCUUAGGGGCUCCCUGUGAUGUGUAGUUGAACCCAUUCUGAGAGAAGUAGCAACUCUGACACACACAGAAUGCACAGCUGAGUGAGAUUUUUAGGAAAGAUUUUUCGGCCUUCAGCAAGCACCAACAUUUUCCCAAAUCACCACACCCUGCUAUUUUGAAUAAUGUACCCCAUCCUACCCCCCUGUUCCGAUCCCCCUCAAGUUGACCUUUGACAUCCAAGCAUUUUUUUUUAAAUUUAGGUAAAAAUCUGUCAUUGAGAAAAAAAAUAAGAGAAAAACAUAACCAGCUCUUUGCAGUUGACACGCACUUUAUGAUUUGUCUUUUUUUUUACACACAAAAAAGAAAAAGAAAAAAGAAAAUGGAAAAUACGGCUUCUGAGCAAGAAAUUACUUUGACUGGAUUUACUUGGCCUGGGUAAAGUGUUCUAGAGUUUUGGAUCAGCUGAGAUUGAAGUGCCAGUGUUGCUAUAGGCUUGGCUUUCCCAAUGCUGGCACUAUAAAAAAUGAAAAUGUAUUUAUUGGGACAGUUUUUGUACUGCCAUUCAAUUUGACAUGAGUGUGCCUUGAAUACUGAUCUUCCUAUUCACCGUCUCUUGCAAAUGCAACACUUUUGUGAAGCAAAGGAAUUGAACGAAAUGAAAACAAUGUGUCAAAUUUAUGUGUCGACUUAGUUUCUAAUUUGCUAAUGAAAUUUCAAUAGAAAAUCAAAGAUUUCUUCUUAAAACUAAAACAAAGCUGAAUUUAGGUUAGGAGUACCCAGCACAAUAUUGAUGUGUCUGUGUGUGUAUAUAUGUAUGCAUAUGUACAUAUAAAGGCACAAACCUAUAUAUAGAUACCAUAUAUAUCAAAUUCUUCACUUCAGGACAAGACUGCAUCCCUCGACAGAAACAUGGCCACGGUGGAUUGUUAUGCCACACAAUAGUCAAGAAAGAGACUGGACAGAAAAUCAGGAACUGCAGAAACAAAAUUAAUAAUUUAGUGCACUCUGUCUUAAAAUACGUUUACAGUAUUGAAACAAGUACAAGGGUAAAAUAAUGUGGGUAUGUGUGUUUUAAACGAGUAUUUUUUUUCUCCAAUUUUGCUUAUACAUUUUCUCUGAAUGCCAUAGUGGCGGUGUGUAUAUUGGUUUUUGGUGACGGGGUUUUAGUAUAUAUAUAUAUAUAAAUAUAUAUGAAUAUAUAUUACAUUUUUCUUGUUUACUGUAAAAGUAUACCAGUAUUUGUAAUAUUGGAGAAUGCCUGGGCAUUUUACAAAAAUAUAAAAAAAGGUUGUUUUUUUAUUUUUUAUUUUGCAGUCCAAUUUAAAUUGUGGGUCUCUUAAAAUGUUUUUGUCACUGUAACUGUAAAAGUCUUAAGUUUUAGUAACUUUUAUUCUGCCUUGGGUGUAAUAAAAUAAAAAUAAAUGAAUUAAAAAAAGUGAACUGUAACAAACUUGGAUGGGGGGUGGGGACGGGGCCAGCUGCACAAUGGCUGAAGGUUUCCCUGCUAGAAACCAUGGAACAUUGUUAUUGCUUUGCAGGAAAAUACUGACAUUCCUGAUCUGUAUCUAGUUUUCUUCUUCUGGAAUGGAUAUUCUUCAUGGCUGGUUUGAAAUACAUGUGUAGGCACUUGCUGUCUUUAUACAGAAGCUUGUAUUUUUUAACUUGUAUGUGCAUCCUUUGUGAAAGGGGUACUUUAAGUACCUGUAUGUCAUUAUCUUAUUUGAGGGAGGGGGGGAAACAUUGCAACUUCAAGCUACAACUCACAGGCUGCCACAAUAUAUUUUGUUUAAUUUGGCAGGAUAAAAUUGUGCAAAAAAACCUGAUGAAUUUGUAUUGUUGAAAUGAAUCUUAUUGUACAGAAGGGAAAUACAAUGUUUGACAACAUUUUAGCAACAAAAUACACAAGUAGAUGUUUUUGUUUACUAUUUUAUUGGUUGUACAUACUUUUCUAUGAUUACUCUUGACAUAUGUUUUGUUUUUCUUUUGAUAUCAUUUUAUUAUUUGUGUUCUAAUUGGCACUGGCAGUGACCUCCCCUCUUUUGGGUCAUCUAACUGCCCUUCGACCCUUGAACUUUGUGACCUGUGUGUCAAUUGUACAGGCAUCUGACUGCCUCCCCACAGGUUUCUCAGCAUGAGAAGAAUAGAGCACAAAUACAAGCCGUUACAAUUCCCUAUCUCUUGAUCUUUUGUCUGAUUUUGUUUCUUGCAAGUGCUAAUUAUUUUGAUGUGGCCAUGCUAAAGAAAAUCGCAGAGAAGGCCAUCAGUCAUUUACUGUGUAGAAAAAGAGAAACACAAACACGCACACACACAUACACACACGGAAGAAAAAAAAGUGAAGGGAGAUUAUACAGUAUGUUAAAAUUGUAGUUUGACUCCUAUACAUGCAGCUCACAGAUCCAUGUAUGAUGCAUGGAGCAUCCAAGGCUGGACACGAUAAAAACUGCACUCGCCUCAAACCAUAAGCUAUAAUUACAGGCAGUAAGUAGCUACUGUAGCUGACCACAAUCAUAUGGACACCUAUCAAUCAAUGAGAACCAGGGUGUGGAUUUUAAACCUGCUCACUCAGUACAGAACUGUCCUCUAACUGUUUAUAAGCAUAGAACUCUUGUUUAUGUAUCUUCAGUAAAAAAAGGUUUUAUGUUUCCAUUCAAAUAUUGGUGCUUUAAAAUGUGUUGAGAGCAACGUCCUGUUGGCUGCACUGUUUGUCCAUCCAUAGGCACCGUAGAUGGACUGUCUGUGGGGCUAAGCUGUUGAUGCUGUUCACAUUGUAUAGUAAUGUUCACAAAACACUGCCUUGUCUGUGGGCACAUUAAUUUCUUUCCUUCACAAAGUUUCAGGUGUAAUAGGCUAUUCAGAUAGCCCUUACCAGAGAGAGUUGGAGAGAGAGAGACAUUAGUACGCAGGUACAAAUUUGGAAGUAACUUAGAAAAAUGUAUUUGCUGCUGUCCACUUGACGUUUCAAAAUCCAUCCUUUGACUUUUUUUAAAUCUAUUUUUUUCAUGUUUGUAUUUAAAGACAAAUACAGGGUUGGGAUAAAGACAUGGAGAAAUCUGUCAUUUUUUUAAUAUGUAAUAAUGUUCAACUAGAAAGGAGGGGGGUCCGGGCAUACAGGGGGAGGGGCUGGGGCCUUUGAUUAGGGAUGUUAUGCUGUGUGUGAUGUCACUUAAUUUAAAUACAUGAAUUGAUUCUUUAGGCUGCGAUUGGCUGUGUUGUCUGUGAUAUCACUGAGGUGAGGACAGCGUUCUGUCGUUCUCAGGCCUAAUGAGCCCAGUGCCAUUUGGUUGGUUCCAGUAAACAUGACAUUCAGACAUCG